ACCAUGCCUAUCUCGAGCUCAAAAGUGGACUCGAAGUGUUUCAAUCUAUGCCUCAAAGUUGAAGAGUUCUUGAAACUGGAGAACUAUGGUAAACCCAACCUCACCCCCCCUGACUUCUGGAAGCAGCUGUCUAACAGUGAGGAAGCUGUGAGCAGCUAUAUUGUAUGCCUCAUUGCCAAGCUCAUCUCAUUGGACAGCGAACACGGUCUGAAGCCACUAGCUGGAGUGUACAGGGACCUGGUUGAGCUGCCAGUGGAGUACUCCAAGUACAAGUCCUGGGCCUCCAAACCUCUCCCAACCAACACCAAGAGCAGUGCACUCGAGUUGCAGUUCUCCAUUAUUCGAACCAUUAAGCAUCUCAAGGAAUGGCACGGCUUCACUCCCACCAUGCAUCUGCGUCAUAUGUACCUACGCUGGAACCUGGCUCGCAACUCUGACGAUACCAAGAAAGCUGAUGGUUUUGAGGAGAGUGUGAUCAAAACGUUCUCGGUAGCCCAAUCCAAGGAGGUCAGUAUCUCCUCUCCCCUGCACAAGGUCAGCUUCAAAGAAGGGGUGGGGCUGAUGUCAGAACAUGAGGAGAUGGAACUGACUCGGGUCCUUGUGGAGAGUGUCUACUGUAAUCAUCGGAGGUCACAGUUCGGCCGCCUCCCUCCAGACCAGUGCCGCCUCUGUGUCUAUGGCAACGACAACCUCUCGUAUGUGCGUCUUCGUCACCUCGUCUCUUGUAAGCCACACCUCCUCCAGCAGGCGACCAAUCAGGUGCUAGGGAUCAUCAAGAAGGAGAUAUCUCACAGCCAUGACUAUGGUGACGGUGAGGUCCUCCUACCCAUGCUCCACCUCUUCAGGGAGCUCAUCACCAUGCUGGGUCCUGUGGACACGAUGGAGGUAUAUAGAGCAGUGAUACCAUUCUAUACAUGGCCGCUAGCCCACGCUGAGUUCUCUCGUCGUGUACUGGACCUCAUCCUACUGGAGGGCAAGGUUCGCGGGACCAACUUCAGACGCAAGGUCAUGGCCGAGCAGAACGUUGGAGUCAAGCUGCAUGCCACCAGGAUUCGUCAGCAGCUAGUUCACAUGAUGGUAGACACCUCCCACCCUCUGUCACGUGGGGCUCUCUUCAACGACAUCUUCUCCCUCCAACAAGAACCUCUUGAUCAGCUCUCACUGCAGAGACUGCUCAUUAGGAAUUGUUUCAUGUCAGUGAUGCCUCACGAUACUGACAUUGUUGAGCUGGAGGGGAAGCUACGGCGACUCUCAUCGGAUGCCUUGAGGAAGUUCUGUCACCAGUUACUAGAGCUGACAGACAAUGCCACUAACACUAUACCUGAAGAGGACCCAGUGCGCACUCUCACUAACCAGCUCAAGCAACUCCACACAACCAUCAAGCAGCACGCAGAAUCAGAUGAGCAACGAGACAGUGCCGUCAGCUGCAGCAGUUCCGAUGAUGAGCUCCAGUUCUCAGAGGGUCACUUGUCAUCUUUCCCACUCCCGCCCCCACACUUUCACACCCACUCACUCGACAACACACAAUAUCCAACAAUCCUCGUCAACUUCAGAGAGAUACUUAUCAAAUCUCAACAAAAGGCCACCCCCAAAAUCUCGAGGCAGGAAUAUGUGGAGGAGCCAGAUCGUGUGCCAAGUAUUCGCAAACUGCCUUCUUCGAUUGAGGAAAGCCUGGAUAGUGUCGAGGUCUUGACUAAUGGCGAUAGUGAACAUCACAUGACAAACGGAGACAUUAACCACGUGCCAAACGGUGAUAUUUCUGCAAUUUUGGACGACAAAGAAAAUGACACAUCAACGGAUAUGAGCCAAGAUUCGUGUCCUCCUAGUUCACCUACAACCCUUGCUUUCUCUACUAGCGAUGACACCAUCUCCAACAAGACAAGUGAUGACCAGCGCUCCCCUCAAGCUAGUCAGGAUCAUGAUCCCCCGACACCAAAGCAGCUGCUCGAGAGACGACAGACGUACCAUCAAGGAAUGAUUCCUUCUCGUACCAACAGUUUAUCAGCGAAUGCGACUGGAUCUCCGGGCCUGAGACGGUAUCCUAGCAUGAGCGGGGGGACACCUCCUACCCGAUCUAUGAGUAUCAGCAGCAAUCCUCUCAAUAGUCUACGAACACAACUCAAACGGAAGAGCACUUCGUACAAUUUAUCAGUGAAGCGUCGCUCUAGGAAAGAGUCUGCUAGUACAGUGCUGUCCCCUACUCACAGGCCAAGUUUGAAACUGGUUAAAAUUGUACUAGCCGGUAACGACAUCAUGGUGAGUCACGCUGCUAAGGCAUACGCUCAUUUGAGAAUGGACGAACCAAAUCUAUUCAGUGGAUUGGAUAUUCGAUUCUACCACGUGCCUCUAUCUAGAGCGUCAACCCUGUAUGGGAUAGAUAUGGGCGGGGCUUCCUCUCCACCUGACCACCCAGACCUGCCGGAGCCGAUGAUGGAACAGUUUAACACGAGUGGUAAUGAUGUCCACAUUGGCAGAUUCCUGGCUCACAUGGACAGCUGGUACGAGCGUAACCUCAUGAUAGCAGCCCACCACCUCCUCAGACUACUACCAGCCGAUGUUCCCUUUGAUCCUCCAAAGUCCAAAGGUCUCGGUGACCGAGCGAUGUCUCCCAUGGCAACGGAGGGUGAUGGUUCUCAAUCCAACAAGGUGCCCAUGACUCCAGCCAAGCUGCUCAUUGACACGGUAGCCCAGUACACUCAGGAGGCAAGUCACUGUAUCCACAUGAAGCUGUUCAGAGUCAAGAUGAGUCUGAAGAAUGAAAAGAGUGGCAAGAUAGAACAUCGUGAGGUCAUCAUGCUUCACAGAUUAGACGUUCAGAGACUCUCCGGGAAGAAGCACAGUCGACAAGUAAAACCAUUUGAAGCUAAUGUCACAAUGACAGAGCUGGCUCUCGACCACAGCCUGAGGCGCUCCGAGAUAAUGGAGAUGACGAAUGUGUGGGCGGUACGGGCUAGUAAUAUACCGCGUGCAGGUGACACUGGUGUGCCCAACCCAGAGAAUGAAAGUUUUGAGCUGACAAUUGUGAAGGCCCAGGUUGAGGGAGGUAGGUUUGGUGGCAGCAAGGUGCGUGCUCAGGAGGAGACCCUCCAUCACUCAUGUGACCUGAUCCUAGAGACGAGGGACAAGCCUCUCACUGUCAUGGUGGACAAUGAUCUGGACAUGCUCGUGGAGAACGUUAUCAGGCUUGAGGUGGCACCAGCCUACUUGGACCAAUCAUUUCGGUCGGCUGCCACAACCAGUCUAGCCUCAAGACGUAACGACCACAGAGCAGAAAAGCAACUGGACUUCCCCUUAAUGACCUUCUGGCCUAUAGAUCUUUGAUGAUUGUGUAGAACGCAACGAGUGCAAUAAUAAUUAUAAUACUUUUUUUAAUGCUAUAGCACACACAUUUAUAGCCACAUUCACUUUUUAUGGAAAUUUUUAAUUUAUUUGAAAAAUGUGUGUAUAUACAAAAUUUCUGUUUCUAUGGUGUUCUAUGAUUGUUUGUUUGUUGCUAUGACAA